GGCGGGAGCCACUGGGGGUGAGUGGGGUGCCGAGGGCCAGGAGACCUUCCCCCCUGCAAGCCCGGUCUAAGCCUCCAUGGCUCCUGCCAGGCCCCUGUACCCCCAUGAGGCUGGCUCCCGAGCACGUGAGGGAGUGGGUGGGGGCCUCUCACCAAGGCCGCUUCGAAGUGACAAGCACAGGUUUCCUGGGCCCAAGGCAGGGGGGGCUGCCUUUCAGAGCCCAGUGAGGCUGGAGUUGCCGGAGGAGCUGAGGAGGAGGGGGAGAGGAGGAGGAGAGAGCCAGAGGGAGGGCAGGAAGGGGGUGUGAGCGGAAGGCUCUCAUUGUCCGGGGAGGCCUGGGAAUUGGACCCUGUGCCCACAAAGGCUGGGGCUGCGCGGCCCACCCGAUCUCGGGUGGCCACGGCCUGAGGAGCGGGCCCGUGGGUGAGGGGGGUGCCCCACCCGGAAGUGGCUGGCUAUCCCAGGGGCACCAGGAGAUAGGGUAGGGGCACAAGGAGUUUUGGAAUUAGAAUUAGCUGGGAACAAAGGGUGGGAUCCACCUUGAAGGGCUUUGUGCUUUCCACGACUGGGGUAGGGAGCUGCCCCGGGGCUGGGGGCUGGAGGUUUGGAGGGUCCCCAGGACUAGGGAGGAGCAAUCUGAGCCUCCUACCCCUACGCAGGGCAGCGCGGGGCGGGGGGGGGGGGGCAGCUUCCCCUGUUGCAAGACUGCACAUUAGUGUGCUGUAUUUGACAGAGGGCUUCGGCCGGCUCCAUUUUGACCUCACCCUUGCCAGUUGGCCUCUCCCUUCCAGCUGGUCUGUUGGCAAAGCACCCCCAGAUGGGAACCGAAACUACCCCCUCCAGCAGAGGGACUGCCCCCGAGCCAGCAAGAUCCCGCCCUGGAACACACAAUCCGUUUGACCUUCACUGCCCACCCGCACGCACCCGCCUCCCUCCGCCCCACGUUUUUGUUCUACAAACCUGGAAGUAUUCGCUGUCUUCCCGGUGUUGGCCUCACCGAACUAAGUCCCUUUCCUGUUUCACUACCCCUAGUUUCUCUGUCUUUGGAGUUUGGAGGGGCUGAACUUGGUGUGUUUGGGGCCCUCGAACCGGGUGCCUCUGUGCCCCGGCGCCCUGCCUACGCGUUGUUACAAUAACCAACCAGUUAUUAACCCAAGUCCGUAGCCAGAACUCAGAUUUCCUCAGCUUGCCUCUAAUGUCCUUGCUCUGCCCUGGGACCACACUGCAUUUGUUGUCACAUCUCCUCUUAGACUUUCUUCAUGUUUAACCGCCUGGACAGUUUGGUUUGUCUGGUGUUUUUGUCACGAGUAGCCCGGGUGAUGGUUAUAGAGACGAGGAGCUGCCAGCAUGACUCACCGCUGUAUGUCGACCUCGGUCAUCGGGCUGGGGUCGUGCCUGUACUUCAGGCGGACUUGUUUCAUCGAGCAGUUACUUUAUCCAUUCACCUACCUGAGGACAUCAGGGUGGCUUCCAGUGUUGGCGUGAUGAUGAACAAAGCUGCUCUAAACAUUUCCGUGCUGCUGUUUGUGUAGACGGCCUGGACCCCCUAGGAGGAGUGCCAGACCGAGAUGGGACCGGAUGGGAGGAAUCAACUAAUUGUUGCAUGAAGGAUUGAAUGUUGCACUAAUUUCCCGAGCUGGUUCAGCAGAGACACUUUCUGGGAGUGGAUUCUUUGAUGAGGAAGACAAGACAGAGAAGACAUGCUGCUGCUCAAGAAACAGACGGAAGACAUCAGCAGCGUCUAUGAGAUCCGGGAGAAGCUCGGCUCGUGAGUGUGUGUGUGUCAAUGAAUGUGAUGUGUGUGUGUGUGUGUGUGUGUGUGUGUGUGUGUGUCAGCGAAUGUGUGAGUGUGUGUGUGGGGGGGCGGAUGGGUGGCCUGGGACCGGGAGGGCCUCCUCAUCUUCUUCAGCUAGGAGGGCCCUUCCCCCUCCGCACCUCUGCUUUCCCUCCCCGCCCCCUCCUUUCCUCCUCUUCGCCUCUCCCCCUCCCUGCCUGCCUCCCCCUCUCUGCCUCAGGGGCGCCUUCUCUGAGGUGGUGUUGGCCCAGGAGCGGGGCUCCUCACACCUCGUCGCCCUCAAGUGCAUCCCCAAGAAGGCCCUUCGAGGCAAGGAGGCCCUGGUGGAGAACGAAAUCGCCGUGCUCCGCAGGGUCAGCCACCCCAACAUUGUGGCUCUGGAGGACGUCCACGAGAGCCCUUCCCACCUUUACCUGGCCAUGGAGCUCCGAGUCCCUGCUGCCCUCAGGGUGACGGGGGGCGAGCUGUUUGACCGCAUCAUGGAGCGUGGCUCCUACACAGAGAAGGACGCCAGCCACCUAGUGGGCCAGGUCCUGGGCGCCGUCUCCUACCUGCACAGCUUGGGCAUCGUGCACCGAGACCUCAAGCCGGAAAACCUCCUCUACGCUACACCCUUUGAGGACUCCAAGAUCAUGGUCUCCGACUUUGGCCUCUCCAAAAUCCAGACUGGCAAUGUGCUGGGCACCGCCUGUGGGACCCCAGGAUAUGUGGCCCCGGAGCUCUUGGAGCAGAAACCCUAUGGGAAGGCUGUGGAUGUGUGGGCCCUGGGUGUCAUCUCCUACAUCUUGCUGUGUGGGUACCCCCCUUUCUACGACGAGAGCGACCCUGAACUCUUCAGCCAGAUCCUGAGGGCCAGCUAUGAGUUUGACUCUCCCUUUUGGGAUGACAUCUCAGAAUCAGCCAAAGACUUCAUCCGGCACCUUCUGGAGCGAGACCCACAGAAGAGGUUCACCUGCCAGCAGGCUUUACAGCAUCUUUGGAUCUCUGGGGACGCAGCCUUUGACAAGGACAUCCUGGGCUCAGUCAGUGAGCAGAUCCAGAAGAAUUUUGCCCGGACUCACUGGAAGCGAGCAUUCAACGCCACUUCCUUCCUGCGUCACAUCCGCAAGCUGGGGCAGAGCCCGGAGAGCGAGGAGGCCUCAGGGCGGAGGACGGCCCGCCACAGCCACCCUGGCCUCGGGUCUGGCCAGCCCCCCAAGUGGUGACGCCCAGAUGCUGAGGCCGAGUGCCCUGACUCCUGGACUCCCUUCCUGUGGGCGGGCCCUUUCAGUCCCCUUUCCCCAGCCCCAGGACCCUGGGCUGGCCUCUGCUGGAAAGUUGGAGAUGUGUGGGUGUGGCACAUGGCGCUGGGGCAGGAGUGGGUCUCCCCCCUCUGCCACCCAGGCUCCGCCCUCGCCCGGGGGCUGGCGGGGUGCGUCCUCGGAGAUCCCGCUCCACUGUCACCGCCACACCCGCUCUAGAUGCCGAAGAGGCUUUCCGGGGGCAGCUCUUCCCGCAGGCUGUUCUGUGCUUUGCUGACUGUGGUGGUCCCGCUUGUGUCGUGGCCCUUGAGUUUUCCCCCAAAUCAAUAAAUACAGACAGAGCGA